AUGGAAUUCGAUUUUUAAAGUCGACCUUCUUCAGUAAAAUUUAAUGAAAUUUAGGCAUACAAUUUAAAAGGGCGUCCUGAUAGUGCGAAGUCUCGUAUGCCUGCUUAAUUGGCAAACACCUAUGGAGGCACAAAGAAGUUACCUAAUGUUAGACCACAUUCAGCCAUAGUAACAAAAAAUUCUAAAUUAGGGAAGAAAAGAACUGACGAAGAAGUCAUUAUAGAAGAGUAAGAUUAUGAUAAUUUUGAUAAGCAAGGAAUAGAUAUUAAUGCCAUCUUAUUACAUCCGCCUUCAUAGUUUGCAGAUAAGAAGUUACCUAAAAAUAUCAAGAAAGAAAAAGAAACACUUUAUGAGGAAUAAUUUGAACUCAAAUAAUAAAUAAAUAAAUUGACAGAGGAGAAUAUUAGAUCCAAAACUAAAAAUGGGUAACUUUAAAAGGAGAAUUCAAAAUUAGAAAAACUUCUUGAUAAUUUGGAUAAUUACAUCCAAACUGGUCAAGGACAUCAACCAUUAGGUGAUUAUCUUUUGAUGAACAACCUUAAAAAAACUCUGAAAGAUGUAAAGUCAUAGUUGACAGAGAGAGAGGCAGAAUUAACAAUAUUGAAGAAACAUAUAAAAUUAACAAAAAUUUAAGAAAUUGAAGCUGAGUUAAAAAACUAUAUAGAAGAAUCAAUCAGACUUAGAAGUUUGUUGGAUUAAGCAUUAAGAAAUUAGGCAGCUUAAAAGAUGGCUGUUUAGAUGGAUAAUUUUGAAGAGAAAUUUUAUGUUCAGAUGAAAGUUAUCAAUUCUCUUUAAUAGGAAAUGGAUUAAUUUAAUGGACUGAUUAAAUUAAAGGAUGAAGAAUUGCUCGAUGCAUAAGUUAAAUGUGAAUAAUUUGAUUCAUUGAAAAUAAGAGCGGAGGAACAAACAAAGCAAUUAUAAUAAUAAGUAUAAGAAUACAAUAAUAAAUGCGAAAUUUUAUAAUAAGAAAUCUAAAAUUUAAAGACCAUUAACAACAAUUUAAUUAUUAAAGCAACCAAAACUCAUAAUGAUGAUUUGCACAUUAGAGAAUUAGAAUAAAAUAUUAUUGAAUUUAAAAUUAAUAAUGAUGAAAAGAAUGAAACUAUAACUCAAUUAGAAAAACAAAUAUAGGAAAUGAAAUAUUAUGAAUAAGAGAACUUUAAAUAAUUAGAAAAAGAAAGAAAGUAAUUAGAAAAUGAUAUGGAAUAUUAUAAGAAUUAAUUUGAAUUAGUAGACGAUAAAUUUAAGAAUUUAUUAUUAUAAGUUGCAUAGUAAGAUAUCUCUGAAGAAUAUCUAUAGUAUUAGAAAUCUGAGAGAAAAAGUGAAAGAACUUCAACAACUAAAUUAGCAAAAAUGGGUACUAUGGGUGUUAUACCAAGUUUUGAAAAGGAUUCCAAACCCCCUCUGUCUUAAUUACCUAUAAAUUAACUAUAAAACCAUAAUUAUGGCAACCAAUUAGGAUUACACUAGGAAGAUAAAUCAAAUAAUAAACAGCGACCAUAGAGUGGUGGUAUCAGAAGAAGAAGAACAGUUAAAUAAGAAGAUAUUAAAGACUUAGGCUUAGAAUUGAAUAUGAGAUUUAGAUUGAGGAAAUUAAAAUUAGAAGAUGUAGUUGAAAAUGACUUUUUUGAUCCUUAGAUAAAAUAAAAAGGCAAGAUCUCAAUAAAAGAUAUUGCUUUAAAAUUAAGUGACAGACCUUUUGAGUUAAAAGACGUCGAGAAAAUGUACUUAUUGGCUAGAUAUAUGAUUGAAGAUAACUCAUAAGAUUUUGUAGAAUAUGAUGAAGAGGCAUCCAGUCAAUUAUAAAUAGUGAGAAGCAUUUUUAAACAAAUAGUAGGAAAAUGUAGAUUAUUCACAGAGGAUGAAGAACGAUAAUAUAAUAAUGAGAUUAGUGCUUAAAUAAUUAAAUUUAAAAAGUCAAUUUUAUCCUAUUUGCCCACAUUUAAUUAGGCUCUAUUGACAAAAGAUUAGUUAACUAAGGCAUUUAACUAUAUUGGAAUAAAUCUCAGCAGUGAAGCCUUUGAUUAUUUCUUUUUAAGAUUAUUUGAGUUAUAAGGCGAAUCAGAUGUCCGUAGAUUUGAUUACAAAUUAGUGAUUGAAGAGUGGGGAAAGGAAGAAAAGGAGCAAAUUAAAAAACAAAAGUAACCAGAUAGAAGAGAUACAAAGCUAAAUACUAACUUUGCAUAUGGAUAAAAGUUUAAUAUAGAAAAAUGA